GUGGGGAGCGCACUUUAUUCUGAGAGACAGCGCGUUUCACUUCUCCCUCACAUUGCGCGCAGCACCUCGGACCAGCAGGAUGAGACCCUAACGUGAAGCUGGGAUGCGUCUUUACGCAGCGAAUUCUCUCUUUGUCUUUUUCUAAUUGAGUCAUCUUGGAGGCGGAGUACGCGUCUGCGUCCGGGAGCGCACAGCGCGGAAGCGAAAUCAGCAGCUCAGAAGGCAGGUCUGCAUUUUAGAAGCGACAGCAGCAGCAGGCGAGCAAACGGAGUCCUCUCCGGGAGGAGCGCGGUGGCUGAAGGAGAAUUACAGCGGGAUAAGUGAGGAGACAUCUGCAGAACUUGGAUAUGGCUGCUGAAAAGACGCUCAACCUGCUGAUUGGAGUUGUUUUAGUUUUGCAGUGUUUUGGGACUAUGCAAGUGGAUGACAACGAGGUCGCCCCUCUCUACGUGCUGGAACAGGCUGGAGAUGAGGACGCAGCGGCUAAGGUGUUCAACCACCGUUGGAGAAGAUGGGUUUCCCCAAAACCUCGCAACAUGAACAGCAACAGGGCCAGUCAGAUGCAGGACCCGGAGCCAGAUGUGGAGGAGCCCGAUGGUUUUCCAGGCCUGCUGUCUGCUGAGGAAACCGACAACAGCUCACAGAUAGAGGAGGACAUGGAUCACAACUACUACACAUCAAAAACGUACAAUCCCUCUGAUCCCAUGAGCAAGGACUUGUGGGUGAAUAUCGACCAGAUGGAGAAGGACAAAGUGAAGAUCCACGGGAUUCUGUCCAACACUCACAGGCAGGCAGCGAGAGUCAAUCUGUCCUUCGAUUUUCCUUUUUAUGGACACGUUCUGCGUGAAAUCACCGUGGCGACUGGAGGCUUCAUCUAUACGGGCGACGUCAUCCAUCGGAUGCUCACAGCUACUCAGUACAUCGCUCCUCUAAUGGCCAACUUUGAUCCAAGUCUCUCCAGAAACUCCACUGUCAUUUAUUUCGAUAAUGGAACGGCUCUGGUGGUGCAGUGGGACCAUGUUUACCUGCAGGACAGCUACAACCUGGGGAGCUUCACCUUCCAGGCCACGCUGCACAACACAGGCAGGAUCAUCUUUGCUUACAAAGAGAUCCCCACUGAGGUGUCACGGAUCAGCUCUGUCAAUCACCCUGUCAAGGUGGGCCUGUCCGACGCCUAUGUGGUGGUCCACAAGACCCAGCAAAUACCCAACGUGAGGCGCAGGACGAUCUACGAGUACCACCGCGUGGAGCUGACAAAGAUAAGGAUUACAAACUCGACGGCCGUGGAAAUAACGCCCCUACCCACUUGUCUCCAGUUUACCAGCUGUAGCUCCUGCAUUUCCUCACAGAUCAGUUUCAACUGCAGCUGGUGCCAUCGACUCAACAGAUGUUCGAGUGGCUUUGACCGCCAUCGCCAGGAUUGGGUGGACAGCAGUUGUCGAUAUGAGGAUACACAGUGCAACAUCGCUGACACCACGCAGGUUUACCCGGUAACCCCCACGGCUUUCGCCAGAACCUCGCCCAAGAAGAAAGAGGUCACUGGAGGCGGAGACACGCCCCCCACCUCCCACCCUCCAACCAGCUUAACCACUGAAGAUGAUACCAAGAUUGCACUUCAUCUUCAAGAUAACCAAGUGAUGCCGGCCAGCAGUGCGGUCCACAGGAUGACGGGCACGCAUCCGCUGCACACCGGCCUGAUCCUGGGAAUAUUGCUGCUGAUGCUAGUCAUGAUCGCAGGCGUGCUGAUCACCAUCUACGUGUACCAUCACCCGACCUCUGCAGCCAGCCUCUUCCUCAUUGAGAGACGCCCCAGCAAGUGGUCAGCCAUGAAGUUUCGCCGGGGGUCGGGUCACCCGGCUUACUCAGAGGUGGAGCCCGUGGGUCAGGAGAAAGAUGGCUUCAUUGAGUCUGAGCAGUGCUAAGGGAGGUGGGACAUUAAUGUCCCUACCCACCUGGACACCUGGUCUGCUGAGACUUCUCAUCAGGAGCCUUCAGGAUCAGCUCAUGUUCACAGAGACUCUUUAAAAACUGUUUAUCCGCCCACUGGGCACUAGAGAAGGGACACAUGAUGGAGGGAGGAAACCUUCUGACUUGCCGGGGGACUGAUGGAAAGAUCGGUCAAACAUGGAAAAACCUUUUUAAGAUUGCAGCUGGGCGGCCAAGGAGAGCCUGUACAGCCUCGUUUCCUCGACUUGGGUGUAGGACGACUUCUACGAUAUAUAUUUUCCGAAACAAAACAGAUUAUGAAAACAGAAGCUUUUAUUGGUGGUGAGGUUUUACAGCUUUGUAUUCCUUUGGUUUUUACUGGUUUGUGUUGCUUCAACGGGGUCGGCACAUUUAUCUGUACAGGUUGUCUGUAAUGCUUUCCGCUACAUCGCAGGCGUAAUUGACUUUUCCACGGCUCGCUCUGCUGAACGAGCCGCCGCCGCGGCAGCUGUGCGAUAUGACGUGAGCUGAACUCACUGCAAUCAAUCACGGCUCGGAGGACCGGCUCUGAACUCUCAGCAUCCGUGCUGUAUUGGCUUGUGGUUUUUGGCGGAGUUUCUGAUAAUGAAGUGUGAGUUGGUGUGUUAUUCUUUGAACGGGUGAGGGGGAUCCUGUUUUCUCCGUCUGCAUUACUGCCGUGACAGUUUGUCCUUGACGAGACUUUGCACAGUUUUUUGGGUUUUUUUUUAGAAAAAUUGAUGUGAGUUUAGAGUGACAUUGCAAGACAGGUGCUUGUGAGAGUGAAUCUACUUCUUUAAGUUUAAAUGACAGUUGGGGUGAGGCGUUCGCCUGCUUUACAGGUGUGUUAUGUAUGAGUACACUUAAAAAAAACAAAAAAACUUUCUUGUGUUUAAAGGUAUCUGGCAUCUGUUGGCAAAAUAGCAACACACCCAUCCUUUGUUUGCUUCCCUCAUUUUGGCAUUAUAAUGUAAAUACCAAGGCCCAAACGUCUGCAGUUUCAGGUAACUCAUGACAAACGUGGGACAGUUUAGAUUUGUUCCUUAUUUUUUACGGGUGGCCUUUUCUUGUCUACUUUUUUACUUAAAAUGCAAAUACAGGAUCGGUAUAUUAUAUAAUCAUCAAUCUGUGGUGUUCCAAGAAAAUUCAAUUUGAGGGUUUUCAUCAACGGUAGGUCAUUCCUUGUAGAGGUGAUAUGGAUCAGUUGCUUUGAAUUCUGAUGAAAAAGAAUAUCUGCAUAGUGCAAUAUUUCAUUUUUUUUUUCUGGAUAGAGGAAGUACACCAAAUGACACUUUUCAUGUAAAUUUCCUUUUUCUCCACACCUCGUUGGCAUCUCAUCCAGACCAAAGACUGAUGAUGAAGUGGGCUGCACAUUUUUUUUUAAUGUACCUCAGCCUUACCUUCAGGAUCCACACCUCACUAUUCAGCACCAAAAAGUGAAUGUCAGUUACAGCAGCCAUUUUUAAACUGUUUUAAGGAAGAAUCGUCUAAUAAAUGGAAAAUAUUCAGCAUUAGCUCCUCCCCCAACUGCUCUGUUUCCCAAUUGUUUGAGUAUUUAGAUCCACUCCGUUUAAAAAUCGUGUUUUUAGCAUCUUCUUGUGGAAUUUUCAGGAGUAGAUGGCUAAAAAGCUCCAAUAUUGCUCGUCAUUUUUGUUGCACCUGUCAUGUUAGGGUGUGAGGGGCUGUAAGCUAGGGGCAAAGAGUGUAAACGGAGAGUUGUCAUUAAUGAAGAGGGGUCAGGGUUGAUCCGUGCCAAUGGCCCCACCCACAAGUCGAGACAAAUUUCUAAUCAACUACUGCCGCUCUGCAGAAAUUACGUCCUAGAAAACAACAGAUUUUUUUUUUUUAUGCUGGCUGAAUCGGCAUAAUCAUAAUUAAAAGACCACUGCUAACAUUUUUGACAAGGAUCAAAAGAGGAUCAGAGUCAGACUUUAAUAAAAAAAAUCCUCAUGCUUUUGUCUUGUUUUGUCAAAAGAAAUGACAAUUUACCACAAACUGAUUUGAACAUGGCAUCGAUUUUACUCAAAAAUGGUCGAUGUGGACCAAACUCACGGGUUCGUAGACUUUGCGACCCAGAAAAAAGGCUCAACUUUAAUUGUUCAUCAAAUGUAUUAAAGGAAAUUUCUUGUGGAUACAGGUGUUGCCCAACGCAACAGCAAGUGUCAAUCAGCAGCUUUGAACCCUUGACUGAAUUGGCGAAGGUGUCAGGAGCCAAAACUAUUUUGGACGUGCAACAAGUUAAAUACUCAAACUAAAAAUCAUGCAAAAGCCCUCUUAUUUCAGCUGUUUCUAUAAACACAGAUUCGGAAAAAUAACACUGUGACCCAUAAAUCCCUUCUGGAUUGGAGCGGAAAUAACAAUAAAAGUUUGAAUUCGUGUUUGAAGAUGAAACGAUCCUGAAAAACGGCCUAGUGACAGCUUUCUGCUGAUUUUAUCCCAGUGGAAACACAAUAGAUCCCUUUAAUAAUAGUCUCACCUGAAAACAAAUGAAUUCCAAACGGAAAAUCCAAUUUUAACCAUUUUUCUCACCAACCACAGAUAUCGGUUUUCUAUGAAAACAAACAGAGAGCAAAAUGGAAAACACAGCAGCAGUUUCGGGAACGCAAACAGUGAUGUGGUUGAAAGAAAAAAUGAAGGUGAGGACUAAGCAAAGGGCUAACUUUCUUUUUUUUCCCGUCUUUUAUUUUCUUGUUAAUGCGCAAAGUUACACUUAAACCACAUGGGGACACAACAUCAAUCUCAAAUUGUUUUCAACAUAAUUACAAAUUCUGAAAGAAAAUGUUUUCAAACUCCUUCACAUAGGAGAACAAAAGGCUGUUAUUUCUCCAUGUCAUUAAACAUCUUUUAGGGAGAAAUUCAGGUUGAGAUUUUGCCUAUUUUUGGAAAACCACAAAUGCUAAAGUAGAGACAAAACCUGCAACACUUGCUUCAUAAACAGGAAGCUGUGGAUGGUCUUUAUCUCUGUGAUUUUAAUGAAAACGUUGUGUUCAUGAGCAUUGAUGACGUGUGCUGCUGUUUUUUACUUACCUGUUAAGUCGAUUAAAAGAAAUAAAACCACAUUCUGAGAGACAAUUGCUAUGAAAAAGAAGCAGGAAUCAAAGAGUUUUCUUCAGGUUUGAUCUUUAGACUUCAAAGCACAUAAUGGGACUCAAAAAUCACCUAUUAUCCAUAGUUUAUGUGAGUAUUGUUUUGAUUACUUUUGAAAUAAAAGUUCAUGGAAACA